AGUACUCGUCGUCGCGUUCUGUUGUUGUAACAUUGGAUCGGUUUAUGGUACUGACUCGGAGACCACUAACGAUGGGCAGCAAGGCAAUACGACAUACAAACUGACCUAUUUCAAUGCAAGAUUUCGCGCCGAAUGUGCAAGAUUAAUAUUCGCACAAGCCGGAGUGCCGUAUGAAGAUAACCGGAUUUCGCACGAAGAAUGGGAAAAAAUCAAACCAAGUGCGAUUUUUUGUUUGCCUUCGAUCAAAAACGAACGUAUUGAAGUUCGAUCCUCCACACCGUUUGGACAUUUACCGCUACUUGAAUUUGAUGGCAAUCAACUAGGCGAAAGCUAUGCCAUCAACAGAUAUCUGGCGAGAACGUUCGGUUUGGCCGGCAACAGUUCGUUAGAAGAAGCUUACAUUGAUUCGAUAGCCAGUUCGUUCAAGGACUUCUUCGAGAGUACAAUAAAAGCGGUGAGAGCAUUAGCACGAAAAGAGAACGUCAACGCGUCCACUAUGGAGACAAUCGACAAAGCACGAGGGCAGUUCAUGCCACCACUUCAAAAAUUUUUGGACAAAGCUGGUAGUGGAUAUGUGGUCGGGAAAUCGUUGAGUUGGGCCGAUCUCUUAAUAACCGAAUAUUUGGCAACAAUUCAAUCAGUCAUUCCUGAUUUUCUCAAAAACUAUCCAACAGUUGAGAAGUAUGUAAAUGACGUACGCAAGUUACCGAAUAUCGCAAAAUGGCUCGAAGAACGCCCCAAAACUCCGUACUAA